AUGUUUGUGUCUAAUGGGCCGUGCUUUCCCUCCGCGGUGAGCGCGGCUGCUGUUUUUGAGGCUUCUGUGGUGUCACGACAAAAGUGGAGGCGGGUGGUAGCGGAACCACGACCCCUCACCGCGAGAAGGCGGCAGGCCCGCGGACGCAGUCGCCCCCUCUCACCCGCUCUGCUGGAGGCCGCACGUGCCCCUGCGCCCCUGCUUGCGUGCACCGGGGCGUUUGUCGACGGUCGGCGGUGGCGGGGGGAGUUACGGCUGCGCCCCCUCCAGCACAGGCGAGGCGUGGGCGCAAAACAAACGCCGGAGUCACCGCCGGCGUGGUCGCCGCUUGACACUGAGCGUUGGGGAGGAGGGUCAGUCGGAGAGACAAAUGACGGGGCGGAAACUUAG